AUGAAAUUGCUCUUCCUGAUUUUCCUUCCUGCAUCGCUGACGCGUAGUUAUACAAUGCGCUCAACGUUUACACAGAAUACCAUUGCUACGCCAGAAACGACACUCCCGUUUCAUUGGACCAUGCGGGAUCGAUCGGCCAGUUACUGGUUCCAAGUCGGCGAUAGUGUAGAAGUACUGGAUGAUGUCAUGAAAGCCGGAAUCACAUUGCGGGGCCGACAAGGGAUUGUUCAAGAAACCUGGGAAAAGUGUGACGUAGAUCCUACCUGUUGUUGUGCCGAACAAGUUGAUGUAGGAAUGGCAGUGCGUGUGAAAUUUCAAGGCUCCGAAGCCGACGAAAGCGACAUUGGCUCGUUCUUUCACUACUUUGCCGAAGACGAACUACGACAAUUUUUUGCGCAGAAAUCACCGAUUAAUGGCACAGCUUUUGAUGGAAUGGGCUGUACCGCGUUCAAGUUAGACCAGCUCCGGCAGGCAGGUCAAGAUCCACGUCGCAUUGCCUCUUACGAACCAAAGGGUAAAUUGAAUUAUGAUGAUGAAUAA